CCCACUUCCCUCCCGGGGGCGCGGCGCGGGAGAGCAUGAUGGCAGCAUCUGAGGUAGCUGGUGUUGUGGCUAAUGCCCCCAAUCCUCCGGAAUCCACUUCUAGUUUAUGUGCUUCCAAAUCAGAUGACAGUCUCCCAGAUGGUCUAAGCCCCAAAGACCCUGCACAGAAGCACAAGAACUCUCCUCUGUCGAGUACUGACUUUAAGACGGCUGAUUCAGAGGUAAACACAGAUCAAGAUAUUGAAAAGAAUCUGGAUAAAAUGAUGACAGAGAGAACCUUGUUGAAAGAGCGUUACCAGGAGGUCCUGGACAAGCAGAGGCAAGUGGAGAAUCAGCUCCAAGUGCAAUUAAAGCAACUUCAGCAAGAGAGAGAGGAAGAAAUGAAGAAUCACCAGGAAAUAUUAAAGGCUAUCCAGGAUGUAACAAUAAAGAGAGAAGAAACAAAGAAGAAGAUAGAGAAAGAAAAGAAGGAGUUUUUGCAGAAGGAGCAAGAUUUGAAAGCCGAAAUCGAGAAGCUUUGUGAGAAGGGCAGAAGAGAAGUGUGGGAAAUGGAACUGGAUAGACUCAAGAAUCAGGAUGGUGAAAUUAAUAGGAACAUUAUGGAAGAGACAGAGCGGGCCUGGAAGGCAGAGAUCUUAUCACUAGAGAGUCGGAAAGAAUUGCUGGUAUUGAAAUUAGAAGAAGCAGAAAAAGAGGCAGAACUGCACCUUACUUACCUUAAGUCAACUCCCCCAACGCUAGAGACUGUUCGUUCAAAACAGGAGUGGGAGACAAGACUGAACGGAGUUCGGAUAAUGAAAAAGAAUGUUCGGGACCAAUUUAAUAGUCAUAUUCAGCUAGUAAGGAAUGGAGCCAAGUUGAGCAGUCUUCCUCAAAUCCCUACUCCCACUUUGCCUCCACCCCCAUCAGAGACAGACUUCAUGCUUCAGGUGUUUCAGCCCAGCCCCUCUCUGGCUCCUCGGAUGCCCUUCUCCAUUGGGCAGGUCACAAUGCCCAUGGUUAUGCCCAGUGCAGAUCCCCGUUCCUUGUCUUUCCCAAUCCUGAACCCUUCCCUUUCCCAGCCCAACCAACCUUCCCCACCCCUUCCUGGCACCCAUGGGAGAAAUAGCCCUGGCUUGGGUUCCCUUGUUGGCCCCCAUGGUCCACACGUGCCCCCUGCCGCCUCCAUCCCGCCUCCCCCAGGCUUGGGCGGUGUUAAGGCUUCUACUGAAACUCCCCGGCCCCAACCAGUAGACAAACUGGAGAAGAUCCUGGAGAAGCUGCUGACACGGUUCCCACAAUGCAAUAAGGCACAAAUGACCAAUAUUCUUCAGCAAAUCAAGACAGCACGAACCACCAUGGCAGGCCUAACCAUGGAGGAGCUGAUCCAGUUGGUAGCUGCACGAUUGGCAGAACAUGAGCGGAUGGCAGCAAGUACUCAGCCACUUGGUCGGAUCCGGGCCUUGUUCCCUGCUCCAUUGGCCCAAAUCAACACUCCAAUGUUCUUGCCUUCUGCCCAAGUUUCAUAUCCUGGACGGUCUUCACAUGCUCCAGCCACCUGUAAGCUGUGUCUAAUGUGCCAGAAACUUGUCCAACCCAGUGAGCUCCAUCCAAUGACAUGUACCCAUGUGUUACACAAGGAGUGUAUCAAAUUCUGGGCCCAGACCAACACAAAUGACGCUUGUCCUUUUUGUCCAACUCUUAAAUGACGGACCUGACUGGGGAGGAAGAGGAGAAACUGAUGUGAACAGGAAGCGCGGGUUCAAGAUUUCUAAAACUUUAUAUUUAUACAGUGACAUAUACUCAUGCCAUGUACAUUUCUAUUAUAUAGGUAAUGUGUGUAUAGAAAGUCUGUAUUCAAAUGUUGGUAAAUGAAAGUAUGUAUAUAAUGCAGAAAUGGUCUGUCCCCCUCAUCUUGCAAUUCCUUUGGGGGAUACAGAUUGUAGGUAAGAUGUUUAGUUUGCCCUUGAAGUUAUGAUAUUCUUGCCUCGGGCUGUUUUUAAAUACAAUAUAAAAACCAUCUAGGAAGCUGCUGUUGCUCUUAAGCCAUCAUGCUUUGAUUUGGCUCAGCCUCUAGUCCAUUUUCUUAAGGCUCAUGUAUGCAGAUUUGAACCCUGGUGCUCACCUGCUGUCAAACCAGAUGCCUUGCUUACUGAAAGCUUCCAGAAGCCUCAGUGUUGUUUUAGCCACUGUGCUCCAAAUGGAUAAAAUAAGGUUGAUUGAGGGGAAAAAAUGUAGCCCUAACAGUUUGACUUUCAUUGAAUAUUUUACUGUGUUAACACUCAUUGUUUGUACAUAGACAUUAGGUUUACAGAAUAUUCUGUUUUACAUCGGCAAAAUUCAGUCCAAGAAUAACAACAUAACCAGGUCCCACUUCCCUCACACCCCCCACAAACUUCUGUCUACUCUACAUCCUGGAUAGUCAUCUCUUUAGAACCUAGCACAACCUGAGGUCUUUCCUGGGCCAAGCCAUCCCUUGCCAUCACUGACUUGGCUUCUGAUCAAGCUGUGACAGACCACCCUGUGAAAUCCUCACCUCUUCUUUACGUCUAGUCUCCUAGUCUAGCUAACCCCCCUCCCCCCUGAAGGUUAAGGCAGUUGGUUCACAACCAAGUUGUUUGGUGACCUUGGGUGAGCUCCAGGCAGGCACUGGGGUGAAGAGAUGUCUGUGCAAAGUUACUUUCAGAAUGACCUUGGGAUGUUGGGUUUUAAUGUUUGAAACAAGAAAACUGGGGGACAUGUAUCCUGUCCUGGGAAAAAUGGAGACCAUAGUGAUAGGAAGCGGGGAGGUUGGAGUUCAAGUUUGUAAGUCAUUUUGUUUUAUAUAGAUAGCUGUCUGGAGGUUGGAUAAUUUUCCACCUCGGCGUCUUGAGCACUUCAGGCUUUUGGGUUUAUAUCCGGGAAAGCUGUGAUUCUUUUAGUGUUUUGCAUCUAUUCUAUUCUACCUAACUCCUGCAGCAAAUGGCUUCAACUCCCUUCUCCUUUGGAAUCAAACAAGUGAAAACUAAGUGUUAAUUAAAAAAAAAAAUUAGCUUCAGGGGAAGGACAACUCAUAUUACUAAUAAUUGAACUUUUCCCGACCUGGGAGCAUUCCCAAAAUGCUUACCGGUAUUAGCAAUACUGCAGUACUUACCAGGAUAGGAAAGACUUUUCCUUUCAGAUCCAGUUUGUUUUGUUUUGUUACUAUUUUCCUUCUUUGUCUUUUCAUCCUUGCCUACCAGCUCAGGAUGUAUUCUUUUCUCUUCUCUUGCCUCACUUGUGCGGGUUAUUGACUAGCGUAAGUUAUAGGAGCUGGACUUCCUGGCCCUCCUUGGCAUCUUGGUGGGCAAUUGAAAUGGCUGGAGUCCUCCCUUCUGUAGAGGUCACGUGGUCUGCUUUCUUUGGUUAAUGAAAUAAAAUCUCCAGUUUGGUAGCUGUCUUGAACAGGAAAUAUGGCAAAGUGGAAGACCAGUUCCUUUGUUCUUUUCCUUGGGGUGGGGUAUUCAUUUUUUUAUCCUUUAAUCUUAAGAUUUUCUCUCCCCUGAAUUUUGCAACAGCCUUUGGGCUACUUGCAGUAAUUUUUCAGUGUCCCCUGAAAACUUAGAAAUUAGAAAUGGGUAUAAAGUGUAUUCUGGGUUCUCCCUCCUCCCCCACAAAAUCUUUGCAACUAAAGGAGUAGAGAGAGGGAGGAUGAAGUAAGGGGGCUUCACUGCUUCCUAGGAGAAGCGGGGGAAAGCCAACUACAGCAGAAGGACAAGUGUUUAGAAGAGAUGUUCAUGGGAGCAGGGGCCUCUCUUUGCUCUUUUUCUUGUUCAGCAUCAGUCACAAAGUAACACUUCAGUUUUGGCCACCCUUGUUCUCCCUUUUCCAACUUUGUCCACUGCCAUGUAAGUAAAAGCCAGGCAGGCCAAUGGGAAAGGCUCUGCAUGCAGUGAGCAGAGAUGGGACAGUCAAUUUUAUGAAGUAGAAUUUAAAAAUAGAGAUAUAUGAUACAUAUUUUUACAAGCAAGAAUCUGUUGUCAAGAUUUUCUUUUUUAUAUUUAGAGUUCAUAGUUUCAGGGCAGAAAGAAAGUAAAUAACUGUAAAAGGAAAAAUAAUUACAAGUUUUCUCUUUGAAAAAUAAGACAAUGGGAUGUUCUAAUGAAAGGGUCAAAUUUUAUGCUCUGGAAAGAGCUAGGAAAAGCCAGUUUUCCCUAAUGAGUAAAAUUAUAAAGCAGAAUGUGGCAUUUUCAUUUCACGGUAGCAAUUCUGGAAGUUUAUUUACACAGUCAGUUCCGAGCUGGAAGUGAACAGUCUCCAUUCUUCCUGUCAGUCUGUGGUUUAGGGGGUGUUCCCAGUCAGCCAAAGCAGCACCGAGUGCAGUGGGAAUGAAGAGAACCCAGAUUAAAAACUGUGACUCAAAAUUCUUGUUUAUUGGUUUAUGGCUUGUGGGCAGCUGGCUGAGGCCAGGAUCUCCAGAGGCCCUCCUUGUGUUUCCCUCUCCCUCAUCAGGUGGUUCGACACUCCGCAGGCCCCGUGCCUGGAAGCAGUGUGUUGACCAGAUAGGAAUAGGAUCCGGUGGGUAUACUAGGAAAAUUCAGCUCUUCCUACUAACACUGGUGUCAGAGUUGACUGCUGGAACCGAUAGGGAGGAAAUAACCUUGGCCCCCACUAUCUAGCCCAAGAACCAGCCUGGGUACCCAAGUACUUUUAGGAGUGGGGAGAACAGGAUAGCGAGAAAGGACGGCCUCCGGUGAGCAGCUCUAGUGGUGAAAGAAACAAAGAAGGCCUGAAGCUGCUAUCCUUUCUCCGGGCAGCCCUGAUACUGAAGACGAUGAUGCUAGAGCCAUAUAGCCCUGUGCUUCCGACACUCUUGAUAUAAUACUCUAGUGCCCCUGUGGGGUGUCUUAGCCCAGUAAAUGGAGGGAACAAUAAGGAGGAUGAGAAGGCAAUGACACUGCUCAGUAUUAGGCAGAGAUCUUAUUAGUUCUUAAGCCGGACAGGAAGAAAUCCAGGUAGAGGUAUAGGGUGCUGACUCCUGUACCUGCUGAAUGAAUCUUCAGGAUUCUGCUUUCAGGAAUUAGGUAGGAGAGGUCUUCUGACUAUUCCUCUUAGCACCUCAGCUACAAAGCUCUAGAGGAGUGGGAACUUGGGGAAGAGGUGAACACAAACCAGGAAGACAAAGCCCAGCCCCGCUUUAUUUGCUUUCCCAUAGGGCUCCUGGGGCUUUCAGAGGGUUGGGGCAUUUCAGUGCUACCUGUCAUAUGUGGAGUGAACGGCUUGGGUACAAAUAAGUGGAAUUAAUAAGGUAGAAAUUCAUCUGUUAAAUGGAAUUUCUUAGUGGGUACUUUUCAAUUUAAGAGAGCUAAAAAAACCUUUUUGGUUAGAUAAUCCCUUCUUUCCAUCUCAUUUUGGUUAGGCUGCCCACCACAGAAAAGAAAGCAUUGGGAAGCAAUACCCGUCUUCUGAGAUGGGAUUCUGUCUUGGAGAUGCCAUCUAAAUCUGGGACUGGCGAGUGGUCAUUUUUCUGCCCUUCUAGCUUUCAUCCAGGGGUUCCCUGUCUCUGUCCUCCUCCCCUUCUCCUCUUCCCGUCACCCCCAUUUAUACAAAUAUUCAAUCCAAUCAUUUGUUAUUCAGUUCAAGAGGCAGUCUUUGCACCAAUGUUAGGCUCGUUUGUACAGCCCCUAUCUCUAAAGCAAAUAGCAAACUGUGCCUCUGCUCCCACUGACUUUGGCCAGCAGAGAAACAAGAUUGGCCCCUUCCUCUGCCAGCAUGUUACAGAGACAGACACUGGGUGUGAUGCCACUGCUUCUGGAACUCAGGAAAGAAGAAUACUUUGGGAUGGAGAAUCUAAAGGAAUGGAGGGCAAAGGUUCAGGGCUGAAGUUUCAAGCAGCAGAAUUUCCAAACUCAAGUUUGAACUGACUAAGAGUAUUCCCGCCACCAGAGUGCUGCUUUCUUCCCUCUACUGUUUGCUACAGGCGCAAUCCCUGCAACCCACCUUGCCAGCUUUCCUUCAUUUCUGUCAAGACAGAGGCAUUUGGCAGGUGAGUGAGGGUCUUGAGGUGCUUUGGUCACAGGUGCCACCUGUGUCUCCUACUUGUGACCAAAGUGAAAGUGAACCACCCAGAUGUGGUCUGGGGAAUCUCGAUCUUCUGCCUGUGUUCCUCCUCACUUCAGCAGGGAGAUGUCAUCAGCAAAGUCAUCGUGUUGAUGGCGGAGGCAGCGGAGGCAGCGCCACUGACACACCAUGAGGCAGAGUGGCAGCAUGAAGAGAGCGCAGAUGGCAGCCAUGACAUAGGCAAUGGUCAUGAGGGUGGAUUCAUCUGUCUGGGGAAUGUUGUAGCCACAGUCUUCCAUGUCCGGAGUGACAAAAGGACCUUCCACUGCUGCCGUCCUGAAUUCAUCGUGUACUAGGGAAAGGGCAAAUGUGAAUGGGCAACUCUCAUUGUCAUCUAGCAGUUUGGAUUAAACCACAGAAAGAACUUCCUGAUAGUGAGUCCUUGAAAUUGGCCCCUGUGGAGCCUGUAGUCUCCUUGCUUGGAGAUAUCUGGGAGCAGGACAGUUAGCCAUUGCUAGAUGGAGGCAUGGCUCUCCUCCCAGGCUAUUUGGGAGCAACAACUCUUUCCUGUCUACCUGUCCAGCAGAAAUGAUACCUGUCACUCUGAGUUAACCAAAAAACCAGCCCCAUAAACCCAAGUAAACUCACCUGCUACUGCUGAAAUCCAGCUGCAAGACCCUGUCACCAUUCUGAAGUAGCAUUCAGCCUAACCAAAGGGAAGCUGACAGGGUCACUAUAAACUCAGCUGGCUGCCUGCUCUUGAAUAUAGAGCUCCCACAGGUGCCAAGGCAGCUCUUGCUGCCCUGGAUCUCCAACAGAGGUUGCAGUCCAGACAGGGGUCACCAUCUCAGACAAUACAAAAAAAGCACAAGUGCUGAUCCCAGCUUUGCACAAUAUGUUGACUGAGUUGAGGCAACUGUUACUACUCCCCAGACUGACACCCCCCCCCCUCCACUCGGUAACUGCUGGACAGGGAGAACAUGGACUGACCCCACACCCUCAUUUCUGGUACUCUCACCAUGGCAAGCGCUGACGGCAAAGCCAAUUCGUUUUCGGGCCCGAUCAAAGACCACGUAGAAGCCCUCCAUGAUAACAGCUCCCAUAACAGUGCCCGUGGAGGACUGUGAGAUGGCGAAUUUGUAACAGUCAUCUUGGGAUGUGGCCACAUCUUCCACUGGCCGAAGGUAUUGCUAAGGAUAAGCAAUCGAAGAGUGAGAGCAUGUCUCCCUCACUCCAUCCUUUACCCAUUGCUGCCUUCUAUGCUUUUAGACCACUCUUCCCUUUGCCAUCCUGAGCUCUGAGGAGUGGGUUUUCUAAGAGCUUUUUACCACUGGACACUCAUCUGUUUUGUCUUCCAACUUCUAGAAAGGCUUGCCUGCUCACUGUCUCCCCAUAUGGACUUUGUUCCCUUCCUGGCAUCCCACCAACUCAGGUUAGAGUUAUACCUGUGGAAGGAUGGUGAUGCGGAAGGACUGAUUGGUGACUUCACCCAUUAGGUAGAGGGAGAUGACUGGGAAAAUGUUCCAAGGGGUGGUGCCUGCUUGCCAGCAUACCAGCUGCUCCCCGAGCCAGAAACCGUCUGGAAACUUCUCCGUCUGUGUUGGGAAGAAAGGGAUCACAAUGAGAAAACAAUCUCUUUCAUCACCCCACCUCUCCCAUUUUCAGAAGACAUUUACUGGACCCUCUAUUUGCUUUUCUGAGGAAUAUCCAAACUGGGAAAAGGUGAAGUGCAACCCGAGGGAUAGAGGAAGAGUGCGGACAACAGAGGCCAGAAAUUUAUAGCAGGGGAAUUGUGUGAUACAGUUUUUAAGGGAUCUGAGCAGAAAGAUCUGAGGGUAGAUCGCUUGGUGCUUGUUGAGGAAUGUGACUUCAGAGACUUCCUCGGACCUUCUGUUGUCUCCUGUACCCCUGUCCUUAGUCCCACUGACCGAGGAGGCUGCCUUGAUGGAUUUGACAGCAGCUUCAAACACUUUCUUGGGCAGACGCAGGUUGGUGGUACCACUGUCCACAAUGCUCUUGUCAUAGUUGUACUAAGAGGGAGAAGAGACAGUUAAAAUUGUCAAAAACCAUUUUUGAUGCCAGGGCUUGACCAGAAUUGGAGGAGUGAGUCUGACUGCUUGGGGUCCUGCCUGAACUGACAUUCUGGAUUUGCCAUUUCUUAGGGGUUUUCCUUGGGCAAGUUAUUUAACCACUGUGCCUCAGUUUCUUCAUCUUUAAAAUGAGGAUAACAACACUACCUACCUCAGAGAGUUACUAUAAGGAUUAGCUAAUAUGUUUGAAGUGCUUAGAAUGGUGUCUAGCACAUAGAGAACACUCAGUAAAAGUUUGUAUUAUCUUGGGCGUGCAAGGAUUGAAUCUUAAAAAUAUCUUGUGUAAGGCUUUUAACUUUUCAUAGUACUUGAUUCUAAUUUAACAUAAUAAUACAUGCAGAAUCUAGGUAGGUAGGAAGACCUACCUUAGUAAUAAUGGCUUAGCUGCCAUUUAUUGCAUAUUGCUGUGUGUUAGGCACUGGGAGAAACAUUUUAUUCAUUUUCUUUGUUUUCACCAUAAUCUUUGGAAAAACUACCUUUACCUCUGUUUUGCAGUUGAGGAAACUGAAACGCUAAAAAGUAAAUUGCCCAAGGACACAUAAUAGUAAAUGGCAGAAGCAGAGGCCCAGGUCUUUCUGAUUCCAAGCUAGACUCUUGUACUUUCUCAUAUCCCCCUACAAACCACUUGCUCAAGGCCAUAAAGUGAGGCAGCGAGGGUCCAGAUGUGCUUUUUUCAUUGCAUUAAGUCAUGUCUCUGUGAAAGUGCUCGCCAGCCUCUGGCCCCUAUCCUCAGGUCCUACGUCUCUGCCUUCACCUAACCUCAUACCCCAGGGGCUGACCUCACUUUGUCACUACCGCAGACCAGCCAUCCCCCCUUCUUCCUUGAUCUGUUACCUCCUUGCAGUCCAUUUUCAGAUCCUGUCCGUUGAUCUCCACCCGCACAAUGAUCACCUCAUAAUACCACUCCCGCCGGAUGGGUGUGUACCAGAGACUGCCUGUGUACAGCGAGUGGUCGAUGCCCCCAAUGAUCUAGGGAGAAAAAGGCAGGUACCAGUGUCCGGGCACAGAAAGAGCAAGCAGUGCUAACUUCUGAGGGUGGCAAGGCCCCCUACAGAGCGCCUUUCUCAUCUUUCUGCUUCUCAUCAAAUGAUGCCCCAAAGUGAUUUAGUUUUUGAAAUGUGUUCAGGAGAAGAGAGUUUCCGGGAUUUUUAAUUAUUUGUUUCAGAGUCACACCCCGUGAUAUAAAGUUACUUAAACCUAAACUGGCACAAUAAAUGUUGGAUGAGUGAUUAUUUGUUUCAUAAGUUUUAUUUUCUCCACUUUUUGGUGAUGGAGAAUCAGUCACCAGUUGUCCGGAUUAAUCAAUAAAUAGACUUUUAAGCUCCUUACAUCUUGGCCUUCUGAUCAUCAGACUAAAUAAUCUAAAUUUGAUA